CUCUCUCUCGCUCGCUCUCUCCCUCUCUCUCGCUCGCUCUCUCGCUCGCUCUCUCCCUCUCUCUCGCUCUCUCUCUCUCUCUCGCUCUCUCUGUCUCGCUCUCUCUCUCUCUCUCUCUGUGUCUCUCUCUCUCUCUCUCUCUGUCUCUCUCUCGCUCUCUCUCUGUCUCGCUCUCUCUCUCUCUCUCUCUCUGUCUCUCUCUCGCUCGCUCUCUCUCUCGCUCUCUCUGUCUCUCGCUCUCUCUCUCUCUCUCUCUGUCUCUCUCUCUCUCUCUCUCUCUGUCUCUCUCUCGCUCGCUCUCUCCCUCUCUCUCGCUCUCUCUCUCUCUCUCUCGCUCUCUCUCUCUCUCUCGCUCUCUCUGUCUCUCGCUCUCGCUCUCGCGCUCUCUCUCUCGUCUCGUCUCUCUCUCUCUCUCUCUCUCUCUCUCUCUCUCUCUCACUCACUCCCUCCAGUUUGUACCUAUGCGGCGGUUCCCAGAGGCGGUGCUAAGUGUGGGCGGGUGGUAAAGACGAGGCUAUUUAAACCUAAGCCCGCUGCCAGUGGAGUAUCGGAGGGGCUUCAGAGGGCAGUGUCUUCCACCGACUCCCACUCAGAGAACAAACAAAGAUGCCGCAAAACGUGAUCUUGACAGGUCCGGGCCCUUGGGGUUUCAGGCUGACAGGAGGCGCCGAUUUCAACCAGAAUCUGACCGUGUCCCGGGUAACGCCUGGAAGCAAGGCCUCACUGGCUAACCUUUCCCCAGGUGAUGUCAUCCUGGCCAUCGAUGGUGUGAGUACGGACAACAUGGCACAUGUCGAUGCUCAGAAUAGGAUCAAGGCUGCCUCCAAUAAAUUAAGUCUCAAGAUUGACCGACCUGAAACCAAACUUUGGUCCCCACAAGUCACUGAAGGUGGCAAGACAAAUCCUUUCAAGAUUAAUUUGGAGGCUGAACCACAGGAAAUCAAAUCUAUUGGAGAGUCCCAUAACAGAAAAGCCCAGCCAUUUCUUGCAGCGGGAAACAUUGAUGACAAAAGGCAGGUAGUGAGCUCGAGCUAUAACACUCCAAUUGGUCUGUAUUCUGCUGACAACAUACAAGAUGCCCUCCAAGGACAGCUACGAGGCAUGAUCAUUGAAUCACAGGAGAAAGCUGAACCGGCUCCAGGAGUUCAACACUCAGAGGUUUACAAAAUGCUGCACAACAACCAAGAAGAAAGUAAUGAACCAAGGCAAUCUGGGUCCUUCCGAGCAAUCCAAGAUUACUUGGAGUCAGAGGAUAGUGGUAAUCGUCCCGUGGUCACCAAAAGUGUGAAGGCUCCAGUGACAAAAGUGGGUGCCUCAUCAGGAAGUGUUCAGAAGCUGCCACUCUGCGAUAAGUGUGGGAAUGGAAUAGUUGGGACAGUUGUCAAAGCCCGUGACAAGUAUCGCCAUCCUGAGUGUUUUGUCUGCUCCGACUGUGACAUGAAUCUCAAGCAGAAAGGUUACUUUUUCAUAGAAGGACAACUUUACUGUGAAGCCCAUGCAAGAGCACGCACAAAACCACCAGAGGGAUAUGACGCCAUGCCCGUUUAUCCAAAUAUGAAAGCUUAAAUUUUACUGCAAAGAUAUAAAAACAAAGUAACAAAGAAGAUCCAUAAUCAUGAGAAACCUUUGCUGUUGUUAUUAAUCCUCUUACAGUUAAGUGCAAGUGCUUUUCCACAACAGGAUAUAUUUUCCAACUACAACUUGCUCAGUUAGUCAUGUUAGCAGAUAGAUCUUGUGGAGCUAGCAGAAAUAAAACUACUGUAUACAUUGCAAUGUUGAUGCAACAUAUCAUAUAAACAACUUAGCCUGUGUAAUUACAACAGUUAAAUCAAUAAAAUUGACAGAAUGUAUUGUACACUGAGCGCAGGUAAUAUAAACUGAAAAACCAGCCAAUUCACUGCUGAACUAUUACAUGAAUAGUAAACCAUUGUAUUAGCAUACAUCAUAGUUCAUUGGUAUUAGUUAAUAAAACAGACAUCAUUAAACUCUUGUAUUAGUUCACAUAGAUUGUGUUCGGUUUUAUAUGGAGUACUAGUUCAUAUUCAGAUGACACUGUUAGAUUUUAUCCUCUAUCCAUCUAGAGAAUGUUAAAAUUUUGAAAAUGUUACUGCUAUAGAUAAUAAAAGCUAUUGUUUC